UGGUGGGAGUUGCGGCGCCGAGGGAAAUCUGAGUCGUCGUCGUGCAUCGCAGGCGAGCUUCCGGACAGCCCGUGCCUACAUACCCGGCUUUUUGAAAAGGAACGUUGCCAACGCAGAUACUCGCCAAAACAAAAGUUUACACCCACUGAAGAGUCCCGACAUGAAAGAUCGGCUGCGUUGAAGAUCGCACCGGAUGCCCGGCGUCAAGUGUGCCACGCCUAGCGGUCAUUAAUCCUUAUCAUCGAGAUAAGAGCGUCGAGUGUCUCAGCGUCUGCGGAGUCGCAUCGAGGCAGAUCGGACGACAAGGGCCUCUGCUGUGAAAAAGAUCGCCGGCCCAAAAACGAUAUAUAGUAGGGGAAAAAAAAAUAAAAUAAACGGAAGGAUCGUUGCUCUGCAUGCAGUCGGUGCUGCUCGUGAUCAGAGAGCGUACGCAGUGGUGCGUCACUCGCGAUAUACAUGUGUUGUGAAGUGAAGCGAGUGCUCUGAUGCCAGCUGCCUCAUCGGCUGCGCGGUUCGUACGUCUGCUGGUGGGUUCGCCAAUCGCGCGCGGACUGGCGGCGUCGAUCGGUUCUCCCGCGUCGUCCUCUCGAGCGUGCGUCGUGCCUCUGUCGAAGAGUAGUACUAGGAUGGCGGCGACGUCGGCACACCAGCAGCAGGAUGCGGCGGGCAUCGUGGUCCCCAAGGAGGAGAUGCAGGCCUUCAUCGUCCGCUGCAUGCGGAAAGGCCGGCACGGACGAGGCGCACGCGGAGGCCUUGGCCGAGGUCCUCGUCGCCGGAGACUACCGGGGCCACUUCAGCCACGGGCUGAAUCGGCUGGAAAUGUAUGUGACGGACAUACAGAAGGGUGUCUGUGAGCGUUCUGGCAAGCCUGUAGUCGUCAACGAGCUGGCUGCCACUGCCCUUGUCGAUGGCAAAAAUGUUCUGGGCCCCGUUGUUGGUAAAUUCUGCAUGGAGCUGGCCAUGCAGAAGGCGCAGCAAGCAGGCAUUGGAUGGGUCGUUGCACGAGGUUCCAAUCACUAUGGCAUUGCGGGUUUCUAUAGUAUGAUGGCGUCCUCAAGAGGCAUGAUUGGCAUGUCAUUCACCAACGCAUCUCCACUAGUGGUUCCAUCUGGUGGAAUCAAGAAAUUCGUGGGAACAAAUCCACUCAGCGUGGCAGCUCCUGGGAAGGACGGUGAUGAGUUCGUCCUCGACAUGGCGACGUCAGCUGUGGCAUUAGGAAAGGUCGAGAUUCAGCACAGGAAAGGAGAACAGAUUCCAUCUGGAUGGGGGAUCAAUGCCCAGGGCGAGGUGACGAACAAUCCUGAGGAAGUCAUGAAUGGUGGUGCCUUGUUGCCAUUGGGUGGAACAAUUGAGACGAGUGGCUACAAGGGCUACGGUCUGGCCAUGAUGGUUGACCUGUUCUGCGGCGUUCUGAGUGGUGCUCGCUAUGGCACCAACAUUCGGUCCUGGCUCAAUGUGACAGACCCCGCAGACUUGGGCCAGUGCUUUGUGGCAAUCAACCCAGCGGCAUUUGCCCCCGGCUUUGAAGACCGGAUGCAGGAUCUCAUGAACACAGCACGUGCACAGGAACCGGCGACACCAGGUGUUCCAGUCCAGGUUCCAGGAGACCCAGAGAGGCAGCACAUGGCCAAGUGUGAUGCGCAGGGUGGCAUUCGUUAUCACGUCAACCAGAUACAGUUUGCGGACGAUGUUGCCAGAAAGCUUGGUGUUGAGCCACCAAAAAGGAAGUGAUGGAGAGGAUUGCAUUUUCAGUGAAGCGGUAAUGGGGAAGCAUGGUGCUUUAUUUUGCAUGCAUUGUAAAAAGUUGAAUAAAUGUUUAUUAAAAAAAGUUU